AUGGAUGUCCAUAUACUGAGUUCCCGCGUUUUACGCCCCAGCAAUCCGAAUUCCGCACCCUCGGAAGCGCCCCUCACCGUCUUCGACCGCUUCGCCUCCAACAUCUACAUCGCCGUCCUCUUCGCCUUCUCCCCUCCGACCCCGCCCAAUGACGCACUGAUCGCCGGGUUAUCCAAGACCUUGUUGCUCUUCCCUACCCUCGCAGGCCGGCUCGACUACAGCCGCCGUCUCCGCCGCCCGUGCCUUAUUGUCGGCGGCUGUGGUGGCGGUGCGCUGGUGGUGGAGGCUGCGGCGUCCUCAAACUUAUCGGACCAUUUGCCCCUCGAGGUGUCGCCGGAUUUUCAGCUACUGCACCCUUCCCCCGCCAGCGCUGUCCAUGUGUUUCAGGUCCAGCUCAACCGGUUCGCUUGCGGCGGGCUGAUAAUCGGCGCCACCGCACACCACAGGGUCGCCGACGGCCAGUCGAUGAGCAUCUUUUUCACCGCGUGGGCACAAACCGUGCGUGGGGCAUUCGUCGACCGUCCGCCCGUCUAUGACCAGUCCUGGCUCAAGCCACGCUGCCCGCCGCAUUGCGAGUUCAACCACUGGGGUCUCGAGUUCACGCCACUGAACAGUUCCUCGGUAAACCAAAUCGACGUCGACCCAAGUGAAAUAACCAACAUGUUGAUCCGAUACUCUGCCGAUUUCAUUCAAAAGCUGCGUCGAAAGGCCGAAGGAAAGUACACCACAUUCGAGACUCUGAUCGGCCACCUAUGGCGGAAGAUAACGGUCGCCCGUCGGCUCGAAGAUCGGGUGCAAACUAUGGUCAGGGUUUCCGUAAACGGUAGAACAAGACUAAAACCUCCGGUACCGAACGAGUUCUUCGGCAACUUGGUCCUCAAUGCGUACCCGCAAGCAACCGCAAAGGACCUCAUUGACGAAGGCCUACCGGGUGCGGCGAUGAUGAUCCACGAAGCAAUACGUAGAGUCGAUGAUCGGUACAUCCAAUCGUUCAUCGACUUCGGGGAGCUGUACGGGGACGAGGAACUCGUGCCGGUGUACGACGUUGACGGGAACGUGCUGUCGCCGAUGCUCGAAGUUGAUAGCUGGCUCAGGUUUCGAUUCGAAGACGUCGACUUCGGCGGCGGAGGCGCGCUGCGCGCGUUUUUGCCGACGUGGGUGCCGUUUGAAGGGCUGGUGAUGGUUCUACCUGGGUUUGGUGAGGAUGGGGGGAUAGAUGUGUUUGUUACCUUACUGGAGGAGCAUGCUAAGAUGUUGAGGCAAAUUUCUCACUCCUUAGAUUAGGUUAGAUUUGCUUGGUUCUUCAAUAUUAGGUGCAAAAUAACACUAUGAAUAAUUCAAAUAAUGAAGGAAAAAUAAUAGUUUCGAAGCUUUUGUAGUACAUGAUCAAGCUAAUAGAUAAA